CACUAUCGCUGGCGCGCGGGUUUAGAAUAUACUCUCAGCUGACGGUAGUUUUAGGUUUUUGUUAUGAAAACAAGGGGUUCUCAAUAUAAUUCUGAUUUAAAAAAUACAAACACUUCGAAAAAAUCUUUAAACGCAAAAAAUGCUCGGUCUCAUCGUGAAAACACUCGAAAACGAAGUAAAACAAAGCGUAUAAGCCGUACAAAACGAAGAAGGACGUCCGAAGUUUACAAGUCAAGUCAUUUGGUAGGUCGCAGAAAAGCGUCUAACUUUGUUACAUACACUCAAAAUGGGCGUCUUUUCUAUGACAUUUAUGUUAGGGAAUCCCCGUACAAUAGUAGUAAAGUCAUCUCAACGAACCAAAGUGAAAAUAUCAUUGCUGAUGCAAGACUGCCAAAUGGUACAAAGCGACGCAAGAAAAGUGUUGGUGUAGGGGGUCUUGAAGAUGGAAAAGAUUUGACCUCAAAGGCAUUAGUGAGAACAAAGUCAACAGUUUUGAAACGAACAGUCCAGUCAACCUCCACUAAUGUUCAGCCUGCUAAACUAUUAAAGAAACCUCGUGGACGUAGAAAGAAGAAUCCUGACAUCGACAGGACACUUACUAGAGAGUUGGGUCCAAACUAUGCAUCCCCUGACCAGGAUCAUGGCAAGAGACUUGCAAGUCUCAAUGCGACUGCCAUUAUGGGUGCUUUUAAUUCUAAAUCCUCUCGCAAAAAAUGUCGGAAAAGUAACGGAGAAACAAACUUUCAUUCACAGCCAGAUUCUUCAGUCAGUUGCCUUCAUGCAGAUGAAGUGGAUGAUGCAACCACGGAACCUAUGUGCUCAGCUGAUGAUGAUUAUGAUUUGGCUCACUGCUUGGAAACGCCUAGUUCAGUAAGUAUCGAGCCAAACAAUGUGAUCCCGGCACAAAAUCCUAUUCUGAAUAAAGAAACUGCACCGUCGUCCUUCAAAAGUAUCUGUCAAAUGAAUCCAGCAAUCGAGAGCUUUCAUUCACAAAGAAUUAUACCACUAGGACAUGACACGUACGGUGUUCAGCAAAUUACCCAUCAAGUCGUAGUAGUACCACCCACAAACGAAGUAUCUCAAACUGUAUGUCAACCUAAAGUACAAGAUUUCAAUACUCCAAUAGCGCGUGUACCAGCAGGUAGUGUUGUUUCUUUCCCUACAUUACCAUACUCGAAACCAAAUGACUGCAGUUUCAAUGAGACAGUAUUGCACCAGAGAACGGGUCAAGUUUUGUACAGCCCAAUGUGUCCUUCCUUGUUGCAACAAAAUGUAAAUUCUUGGGGUUCUGCACUACCUUGCAUUACAACACCGAACAUGACGCCGUCAUUUUUCGCUUGUUCGCCUCCUAAUAUUCUUCUUCCACAUAUUACUUCGUCGUUUGUUGUUUCUAAUCCUAGUGUUACACCUCAGAUUGCGUAUCCACUCAUUUUGCAGCCUGUUCCUAGUAUGCCAACAUCUUACAUGAGUUCCGGGUUUCCCUAUGGAUUUGUAUCUCCUGUCUUCUUACCAACAUCGUGGACUCAACCUGGUAUGCUACCUUGCCAACCGCCUAGUACCCCGGUUAACAACAAUAGUGACGCUUCAUACCCAAUGAUGAUUGCACCCGCACAAAUGAUCCCGAUUAACCAAACACAAAAUUUCCAAGUCUCGCUUAAUCCAUGUACGAAUUGGAUAUCAAAUGGAGGGUUCGACGUGGCGUUAAAUAGACCCAUGGUUGUGCAGAAUGCAUGUCGUGGUUCGGAACAGGCAGCUUCAGAACACGAUGGCAAGUCAUUUACAGAUGAUCCAUCGGUAUGUAAUUCUUCUUUUCACGUGGUGAACAAUUGUCCUGUUGUCUCUUGUGAAGCACCAGUUAUUAACCGUCAGGAAGAGGAUAUCACCUUGGUUCCAGCUUCCAAUCCAUCUAUAUUACCAAUACGAGUUGAGAACGUACCAUUAGACGAAGUUAGUUCUGCAGAAACACGAGAUCUGAAUAUUUGCUGCACAAAAGAACCGGAUCAGAGUACUGUCUGCUUGGAUAAUCAAAAAGAUGCUUGGAUAUGGGAAGGGGAACCGUUUGUCAAACCUGUUUUUCACCAAUCUGACUCACCUCCGAUACCUCGUGAAUGUUACCCUGCAAUCCGGCAUCGAAGAGAUGGAAUGGUGAUUCGUGUGAAAGAUAAUGUACUACUGUGCAGUGGUCCUAGUCGAAGUCAUCCUCCGCAUGUUGCGAAAAUUGUUGCUCUGUAUUAUGAUAAAAAUACAGAUACGAAAAUGAUGUCUCUGCUUUGGUACUAUCGUCCGGAACAUAUAAAUGGUGCAGCGCAAAAUUUCGUGAAAAACGAACUUUAUGCAAGCAGACAUCGUGAUACUAAUCCACUGGAUUGUAUAGAAGAUAAAGCCUUCGUCCUUUCUGUUAAUGCAUAUUCUCGGUAUAUGGCAAAAGUUAAACGUCAACAGACUGGUUAUCGGAAGAUGCCACUUAGCUCUAUUGUACCUCAACCUGUCAAUUGUAGUCUACACACUACUAGUGACAGUGUAAAUGUUGAUAACCUGUACAUGGAUAAGUAUCCACUUGCUGAGUGUGACGAGUGUUUUAAUACCACAAGUAGUCAGAGUGUUUUCUUCUGCCGUGGUGUAUAUGAUUAUAAAUUGAAGCGUAUCACUCGAUAUCCUAUAUUCAGUAGUCAGUGCCUUUUAUCUUCACAUUUGAAUAAUAGACUAAAAUGUAAUGAACAGUUUCCUCCUACAACACCACAAAAAGAUUCCACAGAACAAAAUAAUCAGAUCGUGUCAAAUGGAGAUCAUUGUUCUGAAAUAAAUACACCAGAAAAGAUGACUACUAGUUCUAGAAUUGAUAACAGUGUUGAACCAGUAACUCCAGUGCGUGAAAAUGUACCUUUUAGUGCAUUCUCCACGCCUGCACCUUCCGCCGCUGAAAAUGCAAACAACUUUACAAUAUCUCAGUCUGAAUUCGCUGAACUUAACUGUCAAGCUAUGAAUAAUUCCCAUAUAGGUGAACAAUGUCAAGAUAUAUCUUAUGAUAAUGGUAAAGGCAGAACUUCAACUCCUGUAAAGGAAACUAAUAAUUACUGUCAAUCUUCUAUCACAAGGAAUAUGGAACCCGUUAAAGAAUUGCCGCAAACACUAGUCACUAAGGUGAAUUCUAAUGAGUCUGUAGAAAAACCUCUUGUAAUUAAUAUCUUGGAUACAAUUCCUGAAAGAAAUUCGUCGACCCCAGCGAUUUGUGUAACCUCCUCGUCAAGCGUGCAACCUGUUUUAACCUCACAUCCAAGUGUAUACAAUAAACCGUUUGAAGUGAGAAAAGAUUCCAAUGUACCACUGCAAUCUGGAACAGUUCCGUAUGGAAAUAAACCAGCCAAUCAGUUAGUUUGUCAACCGAAUCCCUCAUCUAUUCAGCCUAUAUGGCCAACAAUUGUUACUACUAAUCCAUUGAUAAACUAUGAUAGAUCUGUCCUUGAAACUAGUGCUGAUCUAUCUGUUAACUGGGCUGAACAUGGUGAGCAGAUUGCAUUAUCCCUAGACUGUCGAGUUAAAGAGACAAAUAUUAACAUUACGCCUGCUACUAUUCAUAAUAAUGGUAAUUGUAAUGGUCAGACCGCAUCGCAUACUGUUAUUCAUCCCGAGAUGUUAACAUCUACACAAUCUUUUGUCGACAUGACUAAGUUACCUGUACACGCUAAUUCCUCUGUGCAUUAUUCAACCCUGAACUCGAAAUGUCUUGAUCAGGAUCAACCACGUUUGGUAAUCCUAUGAAAUAACAAUCGGUAGUUGAAUUGCUGCUUGUAUAAAAAUCUUAUAUACUGUAUAUUAUCUUUCAUCGCUGUGUGUGGGGGAAAAAGCAUAAUGCAAUUAUAGAAGACGGAAGCUUACCAUUCCAACUGUGACCAAGUAUCACAUGCUCUUUUGGUGUGUGUGUAUGGGGGAGGUGGUGAUGUUUGCACCUUUAAACUGUUAUUUAAUUGGCAUCACUGUGAAGUAGUAGAUUUAGUACUAGUAUUAGUAGUAGUAGUAAUAGUAGUAAGGGUUAUAAGAAGAAGAAUAAUAAUAGUGUUUUUUUCUGUUUAUUAUUUUUUAGAGAAAGUAUUGAAUUUCCUAUUUCUUCUUUUUUUUUAAAAAAAAAAUCGAUACACAAUAUCAGUAAAUACAUACGUGUAGAAUACUUUGGUAGUUGUUGUAGUGAAUUCCAUCUCCACCGCUCCCCCUCCCUCCUAUUCUCGCGCACACACGAAUUACUUAACAAAUCUACCUACUUACAGAUUAUAUGUAUAAUUAUUAUUACUACCUGUUAUUAUAUUGUCACUGUGAGUAAGUAUUUCACUGAGUUAACGAGUCCUCUUUUUUUGAUAAUACCUAUCUAUCAUUUGUAUUAGAAGUCAGUCAGUCAGUAAUGAAGGUUCUGCUGCUGCUGCUAUGCUUCCCCAUUUUUGUGUAUAACUUUUCUCCUAAGCUAUUUGUGAAUUAUUAUUAUUAUUGUCAUUAUCAUCAUUAUUGCCCUGAUACUCUCCAACUUGUGUGUAUAUUUCUAAAUCACUUCUGCAUCUCUCAAGUAAAAAAAUGAAGUCUCUCUAGCAGCAGCAGCAGCCUCUAGUAUUUCCACUUUCAAAUUUACAGUUUAUCAACUGUCUUUUUCUCAACUACUAUACACUGUGUUGUAAUGUUAUGUGUCUGCAUAAGAAUGAAUAAAAUGUAUGAUUUUUUGUAUAUUGUACACUUGAAAUACCUAUGCACGCACAUAUAAAACUGUUUCUUCUCUUUUUCGUGUGUGUGUGUAUGUGUGCGUGCGUGCGUGUGUUUGUGUGUGUGUGUGUCUUGUUUUAUUACACACUAUUUCAAUCUGCUCAGUCAAUUCGCAUUAUGUAUGUAUGUAUAUAUAAAUAUACAGAUAUAUAUUAUUUCCAUUACAAUUAAGAAUUCAAUGUGUUUAACUAUUAUGAUUAUUUUGUGGAAAAUAUUUCAAAAUAUGUCGUCUCCUGUUUUGAAAAAGAUUGUCAUAUUAUCAUCUAUCAGUAAAUCCGUGUGUAUGCGUAAAACAACAAGUCUACACGUUAACAGUAAUAAUAAUAUAUGAUGUACAAAAUUAACCCGUAUACACAGACCUCAUACACUUACAGCAGGCUAAGACUUGAUGUACAGAU